GCCCCUUCCCCGCCCCCUCGCGCCGCCUCACAAGUCGGGGCCUUGCGCGCGCGCCUGACAGGCCGCCGGAGCCGGCGAGGGAGGCGCCGGGGCGGAUGGAUGGAUGGAUCCCCGCGUGGCCUGGAUCCAGCCCGAGCAGAAAGGCCCCGCCAAUGCGCUCUGGAUGCAGAUCUGGGAAACCUCGCAGGGCCGCGGCGGAGGCGGCUCCGGCUCCUCCUCCUCCUCCUCGCCGUCUACGCCCUCCUCGCCGCCGCCCUUCCCUCGGGCAGCCCAGGCCCGCCACUCCCUGUGCCGCUUGACGACGACGACGCCCGCCGCCAAGCCGCCGCCGCCGCCGCUCCUGACCGAGAGGCCGCCGCCGCUGCUGCUGCUGCACAAGCCUCCUCCGGGGCCUCCGCCCUCCUCCUCCUCCGCGGAGUCCGGCGCUGACAGCCCCGGCGGGCCGCCUUCGUUCCCCUCGCCGCCGCCGCCGCCGCCCUCGGGGUCUCGCCAGGCCUCGCCCGUGGGGAAGCCGGCGAAGCGGAGCGGGGAAGCGGCGGCGCAGAGCCCGAGGCCGGCGGACGCCUCGCCCCCGCCCCUGCCCGCCCGCCACCUCCACCAGCACCAGUACCACCCGAGCCGAAGGAAACGGGAGAACAAGGCCAGCACGUAUGGGAUGAACUACCUGCUCUCCGGAGGCGGCGGCGGCGGGCCUUGUCCCGAAGCCCAGCCCGCGCUCGGCCCCGCUCCGGGCACCCCGUGGAAAAGCAGGCAGCGCUACAGCCCCGGCAUCCAAGGGUGAGCCGUUCUGGGCGCUUGCUUGCGACGGGCUCCUCAGCUGUGCGGGGCCAAGACCCCUCGCCUGAAAUUCCCCUCCCCAGUGAUUGCUUUUAGACUGGGGGGGGGGGGGUCCUAUUCAUAGAUACGUUGUAGCCGUGCUAAGUCUGGACCCCUAAGAGGGGGUUUCUACUAAGGCUGCCUGGUGGCUGAUUUUUGUAGGCUGAAAGUGCUUGGAUGAUUUUAAGACAAGAAAUGAAUCCUAACAAUAAGGCAUUCUCGAUUGGACUGACUGAGAAAUCCAGUAAAUUGGCUUAGGACCUCCAUUUAGAAUAAUAGAUUUGUAGAGUUGGGAGGGUCCACAAGGGUCAUCUAGUCCAACCCCUUGCAGUGCAGGAAUCUUGCCCAACAUGGGGCUCAAACCCAGGAUUAAGAGUCUUAUGUUCUAUUGGCUGAACUAUUAACGGAAUGAGACAGGGAGGAUGAUUGUGGGAUUUUUCAAGGUGACCUGUGUCUUAAUGCAGGGUCGUCUUUGCAGAACACAUGUGAAACUUUCCUUUCUAUAUACACUUAAAUUGGGGUCUAAGUCACUUUGUGAUCAGUGGUCAUACUUCAGAGUAAUAUGAGGUUGUGGCUGAAAGGUGUCCACUUUCCGUGAAGCCUGUAGUUAGGAAUGGCUGUUCUGCCCAUGUGUUUUAGGUGUAACAGUUCAAAAUUAUUUUUCACCUGGUUUAGUAUUAUAGCUAUGAGACCGAGCUUCAAAGGAGGAAUUCCCUAGUACACUAACAAUGAACUCCGUAGGUAACCUUUGGAGAACCGCUCUCAUCCCUGCCCCAGUAUAUCUGCAAUAUUAAGAUAGCGCUGACUUACAUUGCGGUUGUGAUUGUUUAUCACCUGCCCUUCAUCCUAAUGUCCCAAGGUGGGUUACAACAAUUAAAACAAUGUUAGAAACGGCUUACAAUUCCAGAAAUGAGGGGAGUCUUAAAAAUAUAAACAUCAACUGUCAAAGCCCAGGUUGUAAGAGGUUUGUCUUCAACAUUCCUUCAACAUAUAAAAGGAUGUCACAUGGAGGAGGGAGAAAGGUUGUUUUCUGCUGCUCCAGAGAAGCGGACGCGGAGCAAUGGAUCCAAACUACAAGAAAGAAGAUUCCACCUAAACAUUAGGAAGAACUUCCUGACAGUAAGAGCUGUUCGACAGUGGAAUUUGCUGCCAAGGAGUUUGGUGGAGUCUCCUUCUUUGGAGGUCUUUAAGCAGAGGCUUGACAACCAUAUGUCAGGAGUGCUCUGAUGGUGUUUCCUGCUUGGCAGGGGGUUGGACUCGAUGGCCCUUGUGGUCUCUUCCAACUCUAUGAUUCUAUGAUUCCCUGAAAGUUGUACAAUGAAAAUGCUAAACAGACCCCUGUGGGGAAGGAGUUCCAUAUCUUAGGGGCUGCCACAGAGAAUGCCUUCUCCCACACCACUGUGAGCUUCUGAGGACAGUGGAACAAACCAAUAGCAGCUCCUCUGACAAUCUUAGCAUCCCCAAAAGGGCUGUUAUAUAGAUUGCAGGCAAAGUUCCAUGAAUUUUGGCUGGCCUUGGUAGUGAGAUAAAAUAGUUGCCAGGACUACUCCUGUAGAUGUAAGAUGUUGUCCAUAGUAAAGAAAUCAGAGACCUAUCCCCCACCACUUAAAGCUAAAAAGGUGAAGGGGUUUGUUCUGCUACUGCACUCCUGAGGUUCUCCAAGUACAAUAAUACACAAGCAACAAAGCUCCCCCUCACCUUUCUCUCUGCCUUGCAGCUGAAGAGGGGAAAACAAUUGGAGGCAGUAAAAUUCUGAAUAAUACCAGUUGCUAGAAAUCACAGGAAGGGAGAGUUCUCUUGUGCUUUAAAUCUGCUUGCUGGUUUCCUACAGGCAUUUGGUUGGCCACUGUCAGAAGAGGAUGCUGGUCUAGAUGGGCAGUUGGCCUGGUCUAGCAGGCUUUCUCCAGCUGCUAGGUUGGGAUGAAGGCGGAUUUGUCACACAUGCCAGAGUGGAACCUCUUAACAAAUUUUUGCAUUGUAUCUAUAAACUUUGAGGUGUGCACCUGUUAAAGGCAUAGCCAUCUAUCAGCAGAAGCCUUAGGAGUUUUUGGAGGGGAGUUUUAUGUGAAAGGGGUUGCACCCUUGUAUAUUUUUUCUAGUACUGAGGAAUGCUCUCUUUUAUUAGACAGCAACAGCAUCUGUUUGUGUAUACAUGUGAUCUCCAUAAUCUGGACCAGCAGGAAGGUUGUCAGAAGUGGUUGUCUCUCUAUUUUUAUCUUAUGCCACACUCAUAUGGCAGCCAUUUUGUGUUAUGCCAUGCCUUCUCCAUGGCUGCUAUGUUGCGACUGGUGCCCCCAGCACACUCUCAAAAUUUGAAAUGUGCUCACUAGUCCAAAAAUGUUGGCAACUGCUUUAUGCUAUACAGUGAUUGAGGGCACAGGGCCUGAACAUGUUACCACUUUAUGUAAUGAGGAGGGUCUGAAGAGUGGGAAAGGGAGAUAUGUCCUUUUUAUUUUCUUUUUCCUGAAGCAUCCCCUGUAUUGCAAAGAUCAGUCUUUUAACCUCAUGACGCACAUUCAUUCACACACACACACACCCCGUGGCCUGGUUCUAAUCUUCAAUAUUCCAGGAUACUGUAACAUGUUAGUGGCUUGAGCAGACCUUCUCUCCUGAACUGUGCUAAACAUUUUGUAAGCCCUGAAAUCUUACAGGAUGUUUUUUAAAUUUCUUUUUUAUUUUUGAAAAUUUACAAACGUUAUGUGUACAUACAUUACAACCUGCGUCCUAGAAGAUGCCUAAGAAUGUAGAUUUUUGAUCCUAUUUUGGAAUGGCCUUGAUUUGCUGUCAAACUAAUUAUGUGAAGCGAUGUUGCACACCUAAAUGUGUAUAUUAGGAAAACUUGUAUCACACCUAAAGCACUAAUCAAGGAGCCAUAAUUAGCUGCAGCUGUCAAAUAUACACAAUGGCAGAACUGGGUUUGCUCUUCCAUCUCAUAAUGUGGAAUGACCCUAAGAUGGAGCUUAGAAAGCUACAACUCCCUUAAAGCUAGUUGUCCCAGUCUCUCUCAUGUGCUCUAUUAUUAAGCAUACUUUUGAUACUUUGAUGGGACUUGUGUAAUAUUAAAAUUGUGGUUGUCCCACAUGUUUUAAUGUGUGCACAUGUAUUGGGAAGCCAUUGUCAUUCAGUUGUAUGUGUGAGAGUUUAUAUUGGAUUAUUCCAUGUGGUUUGUACACUGUCCUACAUGUCACAUGAGAAAGACAUAAUGUAUGGCCAAGGUUAUGCCAUGAAAUGGCAAUGGAUAAAAAUCCAUUGACAGUUUACUGUGACCUCUGAUCUGUUCCUUAACUCUAAUAUCAAUACCCAGAAUCUAUAAUUUGUUUCCUGUAGUAGCUGUUGUGCCUAUCAUCCUUAAAUAUCUGAUCCUCUGAGGCCUACUUGAAUUAAUGAUUUCUACUGCAAAUCAGUUCUGAGUGUUAAUAAUAAUAAUAAUAAUAAUAAUAAUAAUUUAUUUAUACCCCACCCAUCUGACUGGGUUUCCCCAGCCACUCUGGUUUGCUCCCAACAAAAUAUUAAAACACGAUAAAACAUCAAACAUUAAAAACUUCCUUAAACAGAGCUGCGUUCAGAUGUCUUAUAAAAGUCAGAUAGUGUUUAUUUCCUUGACAUCUGAUGGGAGAGUGUUACACAGGGCGGGCACCACUACGGAGAAGGCCCUCUGCCUGCUUCCCUGUAACCUCACUUCUUGCAGUGAGGGAACUGCCAGAAGGCCCUUGGCUGAACGAGGCCUAACGAUGGGGGUGGAGACGUUCCUUCAGGUAUACUGUUAGGAUUCAGAACAGUACUCUGGUUUAUGAAUAAAACAUAUUCAUAUGUUUGCUGUCUCUGUACACACCAGAAACAUACCCUUAGAGUAUACAGACAACCCUAGUUGAAAAAACUUUCUAAAUGUAUUUAGUGCCAAGGCGUUAAUAUUUGUUAAAUUAUUCUUUACUCAUUAUAAUUACAGUCGUACCUUGGUUGUCAAACUUAAUCCGUUUGACUCCCAAAACAGUUCGAAAACCAAGGCGCAGCUUCUGAUUGGCUGCAGAAACUUCCUGCACCCAUUUGGAAGCUGCGUCGUACAUUCGGCCUCCAAAAAACGUUCACAAACCGGAACAUUCACUUCCGGGUUUGUGGCGUUCAGGAGUCAAAACAUCCAAGUACCAAGGCAUUCAACAACCAAGGUACAGCUGUACUGCAGUUCACCAAAACUUUUUUGUCUUUUCAGGUUGCAUAUUUUGCUUCCUGCACACAAACUGCUUUCUAGGAAUGGAAUUUCCUCCAAAUUACAUAAUAAUCAUUGGAAAUUUUGCUUUUUAUAGAAUAUUCUAGUUCACACUGUUCUAAAUUCAAAUUUGUGUACUUUUUCAUACCAAUGGAUGAAUUUUCAGACUACAGUGGUACCUCGGGUUACAGACACUUCAGGUUACAGACUCCACUAACCCAGAAAUAGUACCUCAGGUUAAGAACUUUGCUUCAGGAUGGGAACAGAAAUUGUGCUCCGGCGGCGCAGCGGCAGCAGGAGGCCCCAUUAACUAAAGUGGUGCUUCAGGUUAAGAACAGUUUCAGGUUAAGAACAGACCUCCAGAACGAAUUAAGUUCUUAACCCGAGGUACCACUGUAAUUUAAUGUACUUUUUCAUACUAAUGGAUGGAAGUUUCGCUUUAGAAACCCAGACUUGGAUCUUAGGUAUAAAUAAUUUAAAAAAAUUUUUUAUUCUUCCCCAUAGGCUUCAUGAAGAAAUAAUUGACUUUUAUGCCUUCAUGUCCCCUCGUCCUGAAGAAGAAGUCAUGAGAAGAGAAGUAGUGAAAAGAAUAAAAAUGGUCAUCAAAGAUCUUUGGCCUACAGCAGAUGUGAGUACAUCUCAGACUGGUAUUUUAGGUCCCCAAGCUCUUCUCAACUCCAUUCUCACCAUAACGUGGGUGGACUGGGCACAACAUAGGGUUGACUUCCUUAUGUCUUCUGACCCAAAUCAAAAGCCUUGGGGUAAACAAUGUUUCUUUCUAAGCGCUGUGCCACGUUGAUGGCUUCCAUAGGAUCCUUAAUACCUUUUGUCUCUGUUUAUUUAAAAUGAUGUAUACAAUGCUCUCGGCUAGCAUUCAGUAGAUCCAAAGUGUUGUGGAAACUUCCCUUAUUAUACUAAAUUUAUCCCCCCCCCAUGAAAACACAUCAGUAGGCUUUUUGUCAUAAAAGCCAUCCCAAUAAAACUAUUUAUAUUUAUGACACUGGAGGGACAGCUGUGCACUGCUUCAGAUAUUGUGACCACAUUCAUGUCUCUUAGCCUUAAAGCUGGAUAUGGGGAUAGGUGCAGAGAGACAGUAGUCAGAGUGUUCCACUGUGAUUUGCCAUCUAUGAAAAUGCUGCUUUGCACUGUCCCUUCCCAAUCUGGGCUCAUUCUUAUUAGGAAACAUUGAAACCUUUAUUGUGGUAUGCCUCCUUUUCAGAAUCUGUUUUGUUUUUGAUCUUCGUUACUGAAGAGACGCCUGCCAGAAAAAUCACAGUCUUGGUAAUAAAUAUUACAAAGCAUAAAUAUUUGUCUUUCCCUGUUAAUUCAGUUUUAUAAAUUGGUUUCAUUCAAGUAAUAGGAAUGUGUUGAGGGCUCCCUCAUCCCCACGUAGGGUUUCUGACCUCCUGGUUUUCUGCAACCUACAGUUUUCCAUGACAACUGAAUCAAACAAACUCUGGUUAGAGUAAACCAGUAAAGAAAUAAUUCACUUCUGAUUACCAAAUCAUUUGAUUAGCAAUUGAGUAGCAUGACCUUUUAAGCAAGCCAGUUAGUUUUUGAGUGGAAGAAGCAAAUAACAGUAAAAGGAACUGUUUCUGAAGAUAAAGGCAUGUGGAUUUCCGUGAGGGAUUUUUCAGUUCAGCGUUCAGAAUUGUGAGAUCUGCAUUAACUUUGUUUUUCUUUUGCAGGUUCAGAUAUUUGGAAGUUUUAGUACAGGGCUCUAUCUGCCAACUAGGUAAGCCUUGACUAACAUUUCCAGCUCUCAGUGUAUUUUGUUAAUAAUGCUAUCAUACAAAAGGGAUUUUUUGUUCUUCCCAGUCUUAAAAUCAAUACCGGGAAGACACCAAAGGAAGGGGAAGGAAAUUGAAUCGGGGAUAAACAUGCAAUUAUUUCCGUUAACAUGAACUUAGGUUUAGUAUGUACUAUGUAAAACGUAGGUUUACAUAGUAUGGUAUGUAAUGGGAAUAUGUUAAUAUAUCUUCAUUAUAUCCGUCCUUGAAUUUGGCAUAACUUUUUAAGCUAAGUCUUAUUUAGCAGAAUUGUUUGUGUGAUACUGACUUUUCACUGAGGUGUUUCAUAGCAUUCAACAUAUCACAUCACUAUGUAUGCUAGCAUUUUAGACUUCUACUCUGUAAUAUUCUGGCAGAUACAGAGUAAUGAUUAUGAAUAAUAACUGACCUUAGCAAUUGUUUUCCAGAGUUUAAAUAUUUCUAUAAAUGCAGAAAGGAAACUAUGUACACAUGUAGGCAGUAAUCUGGGCCUUUUUAAAAUUUAACCAGAUUGCCAACAUUAUGUGACAAAAUACACAAAACACACAAACACUUAUACCUGUGUGUGGUGCUCUUGGUUGAGGCUGUAAUGUAAUAACUUCACAGUCUGUUAUCCUGUAUUCAUUUUCCUACUUUUAGAAGCCCUCCUAUUCUGUUUGAGGGGAUUAGUAGUAAGGUUAGUCUACUGAAGACUGAAUUUAACAAUCUUCAAAGGAAUAUUAAUGUGUAAUCCUCUAAUGAACCUUUAUGUAUGUUGUAUUAUCUAUAGUGAUAUUGAUUUAGUCGUUUUUGGGAAAUGGGAGAGCCCCCCUCUGCAGCUCCUGGAACAAGCACUAAGGAAACACAAUGUGGCUGAGCCAUAUUCAAUUAAAGUACUUGACAAAGCUACGGUAAGUAACAGGAACAAGCUAUAUUCCAUUUUAGAAAGUCAAGCUAUUUAGUAUGAUUUUUUUUUAAUGCAGCUAUUUUUAUGCUGUGUUGAAUCUCAAUACUUCUGCUUCUGAAGAUGCAGGUUUCUGACUCAACGGCUUUAUCUGAGUUUGUAAUAGUAGUAUUUGAAUCCUAAACUUAUUUUUUAUUUCACAAAAUGUAUAUUCUGCUUGAUCAUAAAAACCUCAAAACUGUUUAUAAAAGGAGUAAGUAGGAUAAUAAGAUUAUCUAAACAACAACAACAACAACAAUAAUAAUUUAUUAUUUGUACCCCGCCCAUCUGGCUGGGUUUCCCCAGCCACUCUGGGCGGCUUCCACAGAAACCAAAAAUACACUAAAAUAUCACAUAUUAAAAACUUCCCUGAACAGGGCUGCCUUAAGAUUUCUUCUGAAUGUCAGGUAGUUGUUUAUCGCUUUGACAUCUGAUGGGAGGGCGUUCCACAGGGCGGGCGCCACUACCAAGAAGGCCUUCUGCCUGGUUCCCUGUAGCUUUGCUUCUCGCAAUGAGGGAACCGCCAGAAGGCCCUCGGCGCUGGACCUCAGCGUCCGGGCAGAACGAUGGGGGUGGAGACGCUCCUUCAGGUAUACUGGGCCGAGGCCGUUUAGGGCUUUAAAGGUCAACACCAGCACUUUGAAUUCUGCUCGGAAACGUACUGGGAGCCAAUGUAGGUCUUUCAAGACCGGUGUUAUGUGGUCUUGGCGGCCGCCCCCAGUCACCAGUCUAGCUGCCGCAUUCUGGAUUAGUUCUAGUUUCCGGGUCACCUUCAAAGGUAGCCCCACGUAGAGCGCAUUGCAGUAGUCCAAGCGGGAGAUAACUAGAGCAUGCACCACUCUGGCGAGACAGUCCGCGGGCAGGUAGGGUCUCAGCCUGCGUACCAGGUGGAGUUGGUAGACAGCUGCCCUGGAUACAGAAUUGACCUGCGCCUCCAUGGACAGCUGUGAGUCCAAAAUUACUCCCAGGCUGUGCACCUGGUCCUUCAGGGGCACAGUUACCCCAUUCAGGACCAAGGAGUCCUCCACACCAGCCCGCCCCCUGUCCCCCAAAAACAGUACUUCUUUCUUGUCAGGAUUCAACUUCAAUCCAUUAGCCACCAUCCAUCCUCCAACCGCCUCCAGGCACUCACACAGGACCUUCACCACCUUCACUGGUUCUGAUUUGAAAGAGAGGUAGAGCUGGAUAUCAUCUGCAUAUUGAUGGACACCCAAUCCAAACCCCCUGAUGAUCUCUCCCAGCGGCUUCAUAUAGAUGUUAAAAAGCAUGGGGGAGAGGACGGAACCCUGAGGCACCCCACAAGUGAGGGCCCAGGGGUCUUAACACUCAUCCCCCAACACCACUUUCAGAACACGGCCCAGGAGGAAGGAGCGAAACCACUGUAUAACAGUUCCCCCAGCUCCCAGCCCCUCUAGACGGUCCAGGAGGAUGUUAUGGUCGAUUGUAUCAAAGGCCACUGAGAAAUCCAGCAGAACUAGGAAACAACUCUCACCUUUGUCCCUAGCUCUCCGGAGAUCAUCAACCAGCACGACCAAGGCAGUUUCAGUCCCAUGAUGAGGCCUGAAUCCCGAUUGGAAGGGAUCCAAAUGGUCUGCAUCCUCCAGGUGUGCCUGGAGUUGUUCAGCAACCACUCGCUCAGUCACCUUGCCCAAGAAUGGAAGAUUUGAGACUGGGCGAUAGUUGGCCAUACUGGCCAGGUCUAAAGAUGGUUUUUAAAGAAGCGGUUUAAUGACCGCCUCUUUCAGCGGAUCUGGGAAUGUUCCCUCACAGAGGAAAGCAUUCACCACCCCGCAGAGCCCAUUGCCCAGCCCUUCCCGGCUUGCUUUUAUUAGCCAGGAUGGGCAAGGGUCAAGGAGACAGGUGGUUGGUUUCACGCGUCCAAGCAGCCUGUCCACAUCCUCGGGGGUAACGGAUUGAAAUUGAUUCCAUGCAACUUGACCAGACAGGACUCUAGCACUCUCCCAACCCAACCCUGCUCCCACGGUGGUGUCUAGCUCCUUCCGAAUAUGAGUGAUUUUAUCUGCAAAAAACUGUUGCAGGAGAUCUUGGGGUCUUUACAAUUCCCUGGUGGUAAAGGUGGUUCCGUUAAAUUGCGGACCACCUGAAAGAGUCUCCUGCUACUAUUUUCUGCAGAUGCAAUAGAGGCGGUGAAGAAAGUCUUCUUCGCUGUCGCUAUCGCCACUUGGUAGGCUCAACGUUGAGCUCUAACCUGUGUCCGGUCAGAUUCGGAGUGAGUUUUCUGCCACCGACGCUCUAGCCGUCUCAGCGAUUGUUUCAUCGCCCUCAGCUCCGAAGAAAACCACGGGGCUGUCCGGGCUCCAUGCAAUCGGAGAGGGCGCUUUGGAGCCAGACAGUCGAUAGCCCUGGUUAACUCCGCAUUCCAGCGGGCCACCAGGGAAUCAGCUGAAAGGCCAUCAACAUGGGAUAAAGCAUCCCCUACCACUCUCCGGAAACCAUUUGGAUCCAUUAAGUGGUGGAAGUGGACCAUCCGAAUUGGUCCCACCUCCCUGCAGAGGGGAAGGGUCGCGGAGAAGUCCAGUUGCACCAGGAAGUGAUCUGACCAUGGCACUUCUUUUGUUUCACUUUUACUUAGUGUCAGAUCACCCAUGUCACUAGAGGUGAACACCAGGUCUAAGGCAUGUCCAUGACUUUGAGUUGGGCCAAACUUAUUCAGGGACAGCCCCAUGGUGGCCAUGCUUUCCACGAAGUCCCGAGUGGCCCCUUGUAAGGUCGUGUCGGCAUGGAUGUUAAAAUCCCCUAAGACAACCAAACUAGGUGUCUCCAGGAGAACAUCCGCCACGACCUGAAGUAGCUCGGACAGGGAAUCCUUGGUGCAGCGGGGAGGUCGGUACACCAAAAGGAAUCCUGUACUGUCCCUAUUGCCCAACUUCCAGAAUAUGCACUCAGAAAACUGGGUCUUCCCAGUAGGACGCCUGAUGCAAGCUAAUGACUUCCUAAAAAUCACUGCAACCCCCCCUUCCCGCCCACAUGACCUGGGUUGCUGUGCAUAAGAGAAACCUGGAGGGCAAGCAGCAGCAAAGACGGGCCCAUCUGCUUCCUCCAACCAGGUCUCUGUCACACAUGCCAGGUCAAAUCCUCCAUCCACAAUCAGGUCGUGGAUGGCAGUGGUUUUAUUCAUCAUUGACCUGGCAUUACACAGCAACACCUUCAGGUCAUGUGGGUUUCCCCUGUUGAUUCCAGUAUCCAUCCGGUCAAGGCCAGACCCGGAGGCAGGGAUAGUCCUCAAACAACGACUAAACCUGCCUCCUCGGUAAUGACAUGGUCUGGUCUUAGCGUAACUCCUCCUCCUGCCCAUGAUCACUGAGAUCGGAUGUCCCAGUGCUCCCCCCCCCAUGGAACUUGUCCCAGCCAUUGUGUUGGCUGGGGCCCCACUCCCAGGCAGCCCUGAUCCCACCCUUUAAAAACAAAGCACAAACUAUACAGAACCAAUAAAACAACAAAAAAACAAAAACAGAACAAUUAUACUAAAAUUAAUCCCCAACCAAAUAUCCAUCCCACCCCCCAACCCCCAACAAAGGAAAAAAGGAAAUAAAGAAAUAAAAAUUUAAAUUGCCACCAACUGCUUGAGGACAUUUUAAAACACAUUAACCACUUGGAACAGGGAAGCAAUGGCAGAACACUUCCCACACUUCCCCAAAAGUUUGUUCCAAAUAAGGGCCUGGGCCAGUUGGAAAAGGCCCUGGAAGGGAGCAGGCCCUGCAGUCCUCACCACAGCCGAUGGUUAAAACAGCUAAUUGAAACAUUGAAAUCAGCAUUUUUUAUCUUUUGUAACUAGACAUGCCUGAGGAGCACAUAAAAACUGUAUUUAAUGUAUUAUUUGAAUUAUUUUUAAAAUUUUAGGAUUAUUUUAUAGUAAUUUGGUUACUUAUUUUAUAAUCCAUUUUGCAAUUAUAAGUAGACUUCCUUCCAUUUACCCAUCAAUGACCUGAAACCUCUUGUAAAUUUCUUCAGCAAAACUACUACUUCACAUUCAUUGUUCAAAUAUAGAUCUCAUUGAUUAGCAGCACUUCAAAAAAAAAACCAAAAACAUUUUCCUUUUCCUUUCUUAGUUAAAAAUAACUUGCAAAUAUAUUUCAUAUUUCCUUAAAAAUGCUUCCCUUUUGGAAACUUCCUUGUAGUUUUCUCUUUUGUUGGACUUCCUAUCAAAUUCCCAGUAUUGCAAUUGAUUCAUGGCUAUCACUGUUUAUGACUGUCACUGUUCACGAAUAUGUUCUCCACAAAUUUAAUAAAUAACAACAACAACAACAACAACAAUAAUAAAUAAAAAUAAAAGUUGCUUGCAGUUUUCAUUAUUUUGAUUAAUUCUUCCAAAUUAGCUCACCUCAUUAUAUGUGGUCCAAAUAACCCAAAACAUAAGUGUUACGUUUCUGUUAUUAUUCAGACUGAUCGCUCAAUAGUUAAGUUUGUUAUAAUCAUUUGUUCAUGUGAUACAGAUAUACUCUACAUGCCAACUUGAGAACCAUUUCUGGGUCCUGAUAUAAAAUCUUCAGUCCUACCAACCAUAAACUUAGCCAUUUGUUUGCCUUUGUCUUGUUUGAUUUUUCGUCCAUGAGUUAAGGUCCUGACAACUUCACUGACAAAUGGUGUUCAGUGUCUAUACUGCCCCCAGCUUUGCUGAUGCUGACACUGGAAGAUUCCUCCUGGCACAUGCUAGGCUGCCUUUAGCCUGUGAGUCAUAGCUUCAGAGGAUUUGCAAUAGUUAGCACACUUCCCAGACACAUCUAGUUUGUAGGCUGCCUUUGUUUUGAUGGUGCCUUGGGGCUUUAGUCCUUAUUGUCUUACUGUGUCAUUUUUUCUGAAGUUAAGUGGUCAAAUUAUAUAUCUCCAAAUUUGUUUUGAAAUGCUGGUAAUAUUGGUAGGUCCAAGGGUUCAAAGGUUCAGUCCAUCACUUGAACUCUCAGUAAACAGAUACAGAUUCUGUAUUUAGACUAGAGCAUCACUGUAAAUGAGCUGGUGUUUGAUGCCGUAAUAGUAAAUGUGCUUGGGAGUUAGAUAGAGCCUGUGGUGUGAAUGGACAUGUACCCUGUUUUUUAAAGAUUUCUAUGUCUAAGACACCAAAUCUUGAGUUUUGGUGUAAGAAACUUGGUUGUACAUGAAACUCUCAGCAGGUGAUUCAACUCUGAUCCUGUUUUAUUUGGAGAGAGUGACUUUAAAAAGUGGUGGAAGAUUAUCUUACCCAGGGGAUUUCUUUUUUCAAAGACAGCAUGGUGAAUCUUCAAACUCUUUGUCACCCUGCCUCAUAACAAAAACUAAUAAAUUAUGCAAACCCCCAUGUUUACUUUAUUAAAAUAUUAAUAUCCCACUUUUUAAACUUACAGUGAGACGCACAGUGUAGUUGCUAACAACAUAGACCCAGCUUGCAUGCUGUGUUGAACAUGAGUGAGCAAAAGUAUGAGUUCUCAGAGUGGAGAUUGCAGCUGCAGCACUCUUCCCCCAUUUGGUGUCAUUCUUUCCAGGGCUAAGCUGUGUUUGACUUAAUGUUAUGUCUGAACCAGCACUUGUGCUUUGCCUCGCUCUAGAGCGUGCGUUGGCAAAUUAAGGCCCGCGGGCCGGAUCCGGCCCAAUAGCCUUCUAAACCCGGCCUGCAGCGUGGAUCUGCUUGUUUGGCUGCACCAGCGUGCGCAUUCUUUCCCUCUCCCUCACACGGUGGCGGUAGCACCUCCUCCUCUCUCCUCCUGACUUCUCCCCGCCCUGUGGAGGAAAGGGGCUGGACUUUGAUUGGUGCCAACAGCAUUGUUUCCCUCUCAUUGGUGCCGGCGGAUUACUUUCCUCCUCCCUCCCUCCUUCUGGCUUCUCUGCACCGCCAAGAUCACCAGGGAGGGAGGAGGAGGAGGAGGAGGGAUGGGGCCAGGCUGCCAAGAGGUGACAAUGAGCUGCCAGAGCUGAGCGGGAGUCCCCGGAAUGGUGCCUUUGGGAGAAUCAGAGACUGAGGUACGGAGGAAAGAACCGCUCCUCCUUUCCAGCUCCCACCCCACUCCCCACACACAACUACACCCAGCCCCAUCAGCUGCCAGUUCCGAGGAGGGCUGGGGCCGCCGCCAGCAGCAGCAGCAGCAGCAGGAACUGCUGAGUGGGUGAAAGAACUGGGAAGACCAGAGCUGCCUUUUCUCCUCCCUCCCUCCCUCCCUCCCUCCCUCCCUCCCUUCCUUCCUCGUCCAAGGAGCGGGGGGGGGGGGAAUGGUCAGACGCUUCCCGUGCUUGCUUCCUAGCUUGCUCUGGUCCCUGACAGGUGAUGAUGGCCUGAGCCGGCGGGGAGGGUCGGAGGCUGCUCUACCAGGCUCUGGUGCUGGUGGUGGUCACGGAGGGAGGAGAAUGAGGAAGAGGAGAGGAGAUGGCAAGGAAAGGGGCAGCAUACCUCCUCUUUCCUUUUGCUGCCUGACCCCCCUUCAUGCUUUCUGUUUUUGUUUUUUUUAAAAUAACCACAGGUCUUCCGUUCUUGCCUUUCUCUCCCACACCCCGCAUCUCAUUUCUGUUCUUCCUGGUCGUCUCCCCCUGCCCCCAAUCUUGCCACAGCAAACUUUCCUCUCAGGCGCAAGUGGCCUCCUCUUUCCCCUCCAACCUUUCCAUAACUCCAUAGGGUGGAUAGCAGGACUUUUGGAAACAGCGGUAGGAGGCCGGCCUGUGUGGUGCUGGUUGCAAUUCUUUUGUGUUCUUUCUUGCCUCUGUAAAAAACAACAACCCCACCCCAGAUUGUAUUGUUUUUCUUGUUUUUUGUGCACUACUAAUAAAAUAGGUGCGGUGUGCAUAGGAAUUUGUUCAUAUUUUUUUCAAACUAUAAUCUGGCUCCCGACAGUGUCUGAGGGACACUGAAUCAGCCCCCUGUUUAAAAAGUUUGAGGACUCCUGCUCUAGAGAGACCAUAAACUGAAACCAACUUUGAUUACUUCUUAUAGUUUGUUUGGGGGACACAACACAGAGCCAAGCCAUGACUUAGCCUUGGACCAAAGCAGGAAUACAGCAAAUGCAGUCUCCUUCCUGGCAACAUGCUCACAGUGCUAAGCCAUGUUUUGACUCAGCAUUACAUGCAAACUGGGCCAAAUAACACAGUAGGGAAUCAGCAUCAUAUUUAUUUUUUGUUAAAGUUGUUCAUCACUUUAAAAAAAGUAGCAAAGUGACUUGCAAGAAAAAAUAUACAAAAAUAAAUAACCUAAAUAAAAAUACAAGACUGAAGCAUAAUAUUUAGCAGCAAGUUUCAGGGGCAAGCCAACCCAUUUUCCUGCUAGAAUAAAAACUUGACAUUUGAAGACUAUGUGGGAAACGACCAGUCUGAUCACUCAGGUCAGGGUGACCCAGCAGAGAUAGCUCUACCAAAUACCUACCAACUGUAUCUGGUGGUGGGACACAAAACAAUGCCUCCCCAAAACUUUGAGUUAAAUAGACAUAUUCAUACACUAAGUGAUGGUUCUUAAAGCUUAGAGCUUUAAAAACAACAACCAGCACUUUGAAUUGGGCUCGGAAAUGAACUGGAAGCCAAUACAAAUUGAAUUGUGCUGGUGUUGCAUGGUUUACAAAACUGGGACUGAUUUAUUUGAAGUAUUUUUAUCCCUUUCUUCAGCAAAAAAAGGCUAUGAGAACAGCAUACAAAUAUCAGUACUAAGGCAGUCCCUGCUCUCAGGCUUAUAAUCUAAUUAAAAAGACUUAACACAAAAGGGGAAAAAGUUUGAGAGAGAGAAGGACAAAAGAAAAUUAUGGAACUCUGAUUGAUUAUUGAUUAGAGAUCUAGCUGCUGCAUUUCUUUGGCCAGCUGAAAUUUCCAGUUACUUUUUUUAAGGCAGCCCCAUGUUGCGCGUGUUAAUCAUGAUCUUAAUAUGUGAUCAUGACUAGGUCUCCCUUCUCAAAGAAUGAGCUCACCAGCCUAAACAGAGCAGAAACACUGUUCAAAACUGCUUCCUUACAACUAUUAAAUAAAUACAAUUUAAAUCUCCAUCCCAAGGUGAGCACCUGAAUCUGCACAAGUGUACUGUUCUGAUGGUAACACUUUGCAAAGGAUGCUGAAGCUCCUUUAAAGUGCCAUAAAGGCUGCAUAUGUUGGUGCCAGUUCAGUGUCAAAAGAAGAACUUGAGUUAGCAGGAGCAUGUGUUGACAGUAGGGACGUGGGUGGUGCUGUGGGUUAAACCACAGAGCCUAGGACUUGCCGAUCAGAAGUUCUGCGGUUCGAAUCCCCGCUACGGGGUGAGCUCCCGUUGCUCGGUCCCUGCUCCUGCCAACCUAGCAGUUCGAAAGCACGUCAAAGUGCAAGUAGAUAAAUAGGUACCGCUCCGGCGGGAAGGUAAACGGCGUUUCCAUGCGCUGCUCUGGUUCGCCAGAAGCGGCUUAAUCAUGCUGGCCACAUGACCCGGAAGCUGUACGCCGGCUCCCUCGGCCAAUAAAGUGAGAUGAGCACCGCAACCCCAGAGUCGGUCACGACUGGACCUAAUGGUCAGGGGUCGCUUUACCUUUAUGUUGACAGUAGCAACAUUGGCAUGGUAAAAGAAGCAGUGCUUAUGGGUUGAACAGAUACUGGGUAGCUAACCUCAAAGCAGUUCUUUGCAAGACUUCUCUAGAUCAUUGUGAAAUUAAUUUUAUUCACUACACAUCAUCUGCAUUGAUGCAAAGUUAAACUGUCCUUGUAAGUCAUGCUUGGAUAUUUUAAUUUAAAAUAAAAACUGUUGGUCUACUUGUUGGAGUUGGUUGAAUGACUGGUUUGAAUAUCUUUACAGGUACCAAUAAUAAAGCUUACUGACCAGGAAACAGAAGUGAAAGUUGACAUUAGUUUUAAUAUGGAAACUGGUGUGAAGGCAGCUCAACUUAUCCAAGACUACAUGAAGGUACAGUCAAUAGAAGAUAAACAAAUUUUGAUAUUCCCUGAUAUUUCUAUUGCUUUUCGAAAUGCAACAAUUCAUAUGGUUACCAGCAUUUUUUAACUAUGUCAUUCAAAGCAGAACAAUCCAGCCAGGCUCAGAGUACACAAUUAAACCAUUUUACACCCUGCCUCCACCCAUCAUGGGCUCAUUAAAGUUCACCUCUUGGUUGCACUUCUCCUCAACUCUGUGACUCCCAUUAUAAGCAUGUGCUCCCUAGAAAUAAUGAAGUAGCAUUGUGCAGAAUGCACAAGACUUCAUUGCUUUCCCUCAAAGCAGUUGCUGCCAAAUCCAUCCUGACAAAAGCUUUUACAUUGUAGGCAUGGGCAGUCCUCUGAAGUUCCAAGCAUCCUAGGGAACAUCUAACACAUGGAGAAAAAUGACACAGUUUAUGGCAGGCUUCUAUAUGGAUUGCCUGCUAAUCUGUGGCAGAGCUAUAGCCUCAGGUUGUUGUCUGCAGGAGCUUUUCAUUCAAGCAUUGGGACAUAAAGACUGAGCUUUCCACCAUGUCUUUUUAUGGAGAGGGUGACAGCUCUUCAUCAGACUUUGUUCAAGAUGCCACGCCUAUUGCACUAGGAGUAAGGUGACCGCGGACAUUCCAGGCCCUCUGAGAUUCUAUAACUGGAUUGGUGGAUGCUGGAAACAAUUUAUCACCUUCUCUUUCAAACUGAGUGCCAUUACUAGGGGCAGGUUCCUCUUCUCUCCCUUGUCUGAAAUCCAGACAUACUGAAUCUUGGUCAACAUCAAGCACCUGCCAUACCCAGCAAUCAUAGAACCAGAUUAGUUGUCCAAAAUAUUGUUUGGUAUUUUCUCUUGUUUCAUGGUGCAAAAAUAAAAUAACUUUUUUGCAACUACUACUGGACCUCAAGUUGCGUGCCGAGGCACCUGAGCCACAAAGUUCCAGGAGAACAAUAAAACACGCUGACAAAAAGUAUUUUGGUUUAUGGGUUCAAAUAGGCCACAACUUUAUUGGUUACAGACUACCUUGACUCCUGCCCGUCUGCAGGGAGUCCCCUUAAGGAUAAACCACUAAUAGGAGGUGUGCUAUGACUUACAUCAGAGAGGGGCACCCCGAGGGGUCCCCGUAGGGGCUGUGACAUGGCCCGAGCCCCCGUCCUGCUUUGGACAGGAUUCACACCCUGGAUCCCUUUAGCAUACCUUUACUGAGGAGAGGUUGGCGAAGGCUACAACUGCAAUGCCGCCCACCGGAAAAAGGUGAUUGGACUUCCUGAAAAUCUCUGGUCAAUAAAAUGGAUAAUUUUGGACUGAAAAAAUAGCCAAGUCCUCCACCCAGGUGAUUUCUUGAGAGCAGUUGACCUCAUUCAGGCCUAAUUACACAUCCCAAUCCUCUUAGCCCACUAGUUCUUCCUGAGGCUUCCUUCCACAACUGGGCAAUAUCUGUAUAGUGCCAUCCCAUUCAGUUCUGUUAUUUUCUCCUCCAAGAAGCUCUGGGCUUAUACAUAGAGGCAUUCAGUUUUAUUCUCUACUGCCCUGUGAAGUAGAUAGGCUAAACUGCAGUCAUUUAACAAAGGCUUUCUGUGCACUUCAGGACAGAAUAAAUUUUGAACCUGCACCUUGCAUUUACUGCUGGAGGCAUAUUUCUUAAUUAUAUUCUUAUGGGUUAUCUUCAAGUGAACAGUUUUAUCAGUGCCAGUUCAUAAUUUGGAGGUAAGCAUAUCAAGAGUUGGCACUACAUAUUCACUCAAACCUUGAGCCCCUGAUACAGAGAACAAUGAAUGAACUAUACAGUGUAAGUACUCUGUGAACUUUCUACUGCUGUUCUGAAAAAAUGGCAAGUUCAUACAGCAUUUUUCUUUGGGAUGAAACAAAUUAGUAAUCUGGUUUUUUAAUGUAAAAAAAAAAAAGUUCUAUCUAUAUCCUGCUGUCCUAUGGGGCUCCCAGUGGACCCUUGGGUUUCACCUACUCUGGCUCAGGUGCCUUCAGAUUACCCACUAGGCUCGGGAAUAUUGGCUGAAUAAACUAGUACAUAUUUACAGAAGUUUGUUGCCCUUGAAUGAUUUUGUAUGGAUACAAUCAGGUGAAUCACUUGUUCACUGCAUGUACCAUCACAAAGGUCUGUCUUGAUUUUUCUGAUUCCCUGUAAGAUGGAAUAUUAAUUUUAAAAAACACUAAUCUCUGAAUACUUUUUAAGGUUUGGUGGAUGUGCUUAGUAUAAAUACAUAGUUCAAUUUUUUUAAUAUAUCCUUUCACAUCCCUUAACAAGUGCAACUUUCUUGCUAACUGUCAAAUUUUGUAUUUUUGGUGUUAACAGCAGUUCUUGAUGUCUUACUUUGUGACACUUAUAUUUUUGUAGGUAAUAAAUAUGAAUUUAAGGAAAAUACGUUAGCUCAUUCACAAGAAUGUAUAAAGGCUUUUUACUCCCAUUAUUCUUUUGGGGGUUUUUUUUUGUAGAAAUCUUUUGUAUUUUAUAGUAAAUAAUGAUAAACGUAUCACCUAGAACUUGUCUCACAGAAAAUUAACUGUUCUUUUCAUUUGCAGAAAUACUCAUUGCUGCCUUACUUGAUUUUAGUAUUAAAACAGUUCCUCCUUCAAAGGGAUUUGAAUGAAGUUUUUACUGGUGGAAUUAGCUCUUACAGCCUAAUUUUAAUGGCAGUUAGCUUCCUACAGGUAUGUGAUUUGGUACUGUCAGUCUUGAAGAAUUCUUUACAAAUUUUUGGUUAGCAAUUAAUGUUUAUUUACCUUUAUAUGAUUUUUUCGCUUCAAAACCUUUUGUAUUGGCUGUAGAUUUUACUUUAUUAGUGUGUAAUUCCUGCAAGAGUUCUGUCCAAAAAGCAACAAAAGGCUAUGGGAUAAAGACAGUAGAAUCUUUGUGUAAAGUGGGCUGAGAAACAUGAUGCUGUUCCGCUGUAAACUUUCACUCCUCCACAGAUUUUGUGUGUAUGGUGCAAAUGUUGACUCACAUUAGCCCCAGCCAGCAUGGCUAGUGGUCAGGGAUGAUGGGAGCAGGAAUCUAACAAUAGCUGGAGGACGCUGUUUGGGCUAUCCUGGGGUUAAGGAUACAGUUCAUGUAGUUGUGUAAUCAUUUUUCAGUGCUGCCUCAUACUGCAUAACUUUUCAAAUAGCAGUAAUUGAAUGGUUUGUAUUUCACAUGGCAUGUUUCUUAUGAAUAAAAGAUAAAGGGACGCCUGACCGUUAGGUCCAGUCACGAAUGAUUCUAGGGUUGCACUUAACUGGCUGAGGGAGCCAGGUACAGCUUCCGGCUCAUGUGGCCAGCAUGACUAAGCCACUUCUGGCGAACCAGAGCAGCGUACAGAAACGCCGUCUACCUUCCCGCUGAAGCGGUACCUAUUUAUAUACUUGCACUUUUAUGUGCUUUCGAACUGCUAGGUUGGCAGGAGCAGGGACCGAGCAACUGGAGCUCACCCCGUUGCGGGGAUUCGAACUGCCAGCCUUCUGAUCGGCAAGCCCUAGGCUCUGUGGUUUAGACCACAGCGCCACCUGCAUCCCUUCUUAUGAAUAAAUGUGCGUAAUUAAUUUGAACUGGACUAGUUAUGAUACCUUCUUGUAGCAUACAAUUCUUUGAAAGUCUAUCUCCUAAAAUCUUAAAGUGAGAGAAGCCUAUCUGAUAUUAAAGAAGUUGAGGUUAUUUUUGGUUGUUGAUAGUUAAUGCUCAUUUCCAACUUUAAAUGGUUCACCAUAAAGAUGACAGAAGUAUAAAUGAUCACAUACACCAGCAUAAUAAAACUGCUAUUUUUCUUCUUGUAGUUGCACCCAAGAAUUGAUGCUAGAAGACUGGAGGAAAAUCUUGGAAUGCUUCUAAUAGAAUUUUUUGAACUCUAUGGAAGGAAUUUUAAUUACUUGAAAACUGGUAUUAGAAUAAAAAAUGGAGGCGCCUAUAUUGCCAAAGAAGAAAUCAUGAAAGCCAUGACCAAUGGGUAUCGACCUUCCAUGUUAUGUAUUGAAGAUCCUCUUCUGCCUGGUGAGAUAGCAAGCUGCUUCAUAUUUUUCCAUUAAGAAUGCAGAUUUAACACAGAGUUUAAAGGUUAUCCGAGGAAAUCCUUCAAAUGGGUGCUCCUGUUACUUGUUUUAAAUAAUCAUUCAGAAAUAAGCCCUUAACCUUGCCUUGAUCUUGUGAUUUCUUUCCGCCAUCAAUUUUGUGUGUGUUUUCUUACCCCACUGUUUUUACUAUCAUAUAAUACAUAGAGAUUAGUAGUAGAAUGUAGUAUAUUUUUAAUGUUUUAAAUGGUGCUGCUUUUUUUUUAAGACGCCUGAGACCAGAAUUUCCCUAUUUUCUGUAUCCAUGGCUGCAAGAAUUUCCAUAUAAGGGCUUAGUAAAUCAGUUUUUAUAUUCUUUCCUUUUCAUCCUGUUGCAUUUGACUUUUCUGGGGCAAAAUUAUGGACCUAAACACUGCAUACUAAGUUUUGUGAAGCAUCCCACAAUAAUAGGGAAGGAGUUAGGGUCCUCAAGAUUUGAAAAUGCAAUAAUCCUCUGCUGAGCAAAUUGAGUGUUCUCCUAAUUUGACCACUUUCACCUUCAGUUGCUGCUAGGCAUGAAUGUAGCAUGAGCCUUGUAAAUGACACACAAGUUUGAUCUGCAGUGUAGACUAUGACUGGAAGUUUCCUACCUUAAUAUUCUUGCGUAACAAUGCAAUUUCCCUUACUGCUGGUUCCUUGUUGCUCUGCACCGCACUCUGGUGUCACAUUUUAAUAACACAUUAUUAAUAUUACAAUCAAAACGUAAUACAGUGGUACCUUGGGUUAAGAACUUAAUUCAUUCUGGAGGUCCAUUCCUAACCUGAAACUGUUCUUAACCUGAGGUACCAUGGAGCUAAUAGAGCCUCAAACUGCUGCUGCGCCACCGCUGCACGUUUUCUGUUCUCAGUCUGAAGCAAAGUUCUUAACCCGAGAUACUAUUUCCAGGUCAGCGGAGUCUGUAACCUGAAGGGUCUGUACAGUGGUACCUCGGGUUACAUACGCUUCAGGUUACAGACUCCGCUAACCCAGAAAUAUUACCUCAGGUUAAGAAAUUUGCUUCAGGAUGAAAACAGAAAUCAUGCAGCGGUUAGCUAAAGUUGUGCUUCAGGUUAAGAACAGUUUCAGGUUAAGAACAGACCUCCGGAACGAAUUAAGUUCUUGACCCGAGGUACUGCUGUAUGUCUAAAUAUGUUACGAUAACCAUUCCGUAACCCUUCCUUAACGUUACAAACCAUGAGUGUAGAUCCGCCCUAUCACUUUGUAACCCUGAGCUUCCAACUGAAAAGCGAUGUGAAUGGAAUUUCUUAUUGAGGCUGGAAAACGGACUGUUUUAAAAUAUAUGGAAAAUGCAAUAAUUUAUAACAGUGUGUGUGCAUUGGUCACCAGAACAGUCUGUCCGAUAGCAGAUCGGAUACCUGGGUGAAGUAUGGAUCACAAUAUGUGCAGAAAGCGGUUUGUGUAUAAGGACUAAGAACCUCUCCAAGAAUCACUGCUUGUUUCAAGAUUUUAAGGGGUAAAUGUAUGGGCAUUCCAAGGACAACAUGGAAUCAGAAGUGUCCAUUACUAUCCAGCUUUAAAAAUGAUGAACAGGUCUUGUAGGUCAACAUUAUUUAAAUUUUUAAUUUAACCGUUAUAGGCAACGAUGUUGGAAGAAGUUGUUAUGGUGCCAUGCAAGUAAAGCAAGUUUUUGAUUAUGCCUACAUUGUUCUAAGCCAUGCAGUAUCACCACUUGCGAGAUCGUAUCCCAACAGAGAUUCGGAAAGGUAACCAAUUUGAGUGUGUUAAUUGCAUGGCUUCUGAAAAUCCAACUUUGCACUAUUGGUCUUCUUAAAUGGCUUCAUAACUGGAGAUGUCAGCAUACAGUACUGUAUCCUGAAAUGCAUGACUAGCUUAAUGUAACUGUGAAACUUGUUUCUUUCUCCCUUCCCCCUUCCUCCUCUCGCUGUCUUUCCUCCAUUCUGCAUGACAAGCUGUUUAAAACUUUCUUUGUCAAAAUGAAGCAAGAUUGUGUGUAUGCAAGCCUUUAUCUACAAGGGCUCUUGAUUGCAAACUUCUAUCCGUAAAUCAGUGUAGAUUUCUUAUGUAGGUCACUGUUUCUUCCAGUACCUUAGGAAGAAUCAUCAAAGUGACACAGGAAGUGAUUGACUACAGAGCUUGGAUUAAGAAGAAAUGGGGAAGCAAAGCUAAUUUGUCACCUGAUCUUGGUGAGUAAAGGAUUUAAAGUAAAAACUCACAUCAAAAUUUCAAUUAAUUUCAACCACCUCUUGGUUUGAUGUGAUAUCUGAAGUGAGCAUGUGGGUCAUGGCUAAACCCUGCAGUAAAUCUGAUAAUUGCAUAAUAUCGCUUGUUUACAGCAAGGGACUGUGAAAGGUGAUUUAUUUGCAAACAAAACUGAUAAAUGUGUAUGCUUACAGGUAUUCCAAUGAAAGGGAGAGAACCAAUAUCUGCAUGUAAUGUAGUCCAGAAUGGUGAUGCUGAAUCGGCAUACAGCCAGCCUUUGGCUUUGUCAUUUACUGGUACUCAGCAGCUGUCAUCAGGCUCAUCUGCCUCUUCCGUUUCUUCUCUUUCUGGCAGUGAUAUUGUAAGUCCCAUUCCUCCCCCCUUGAAGCUGUUUUCUAUUUGUUUAUUCCUUUUUUUCUGACUGUAAUUUGGUAUAUCUGUGUAAGAUUGCAAUAGGACUUCCGUAAAUUUUGUUGAAACUAACUGAGCUUGAAACUUUUCCAGUUACCGUAUUUUUUGCUCUAUAAGACUCACUUUUUCCCUCCUAAAAAGUAAGGGGAAAUGUGUGUGCGUCUUAUGGAGUGAAUGCAGGCUGCGCACCUAUCACAGAAGCCAGAACAGCAAGAGGAAUUGCUGCUUUCACUGCAUAGCGAUCCCUCUUGCUGUUCUGGCUUCUGAGAAUUUUUUUUUCUUCCUUGUUUUCCUCCUCCAAAAACUAGGUGUGUCUUGUGGUCUGGUGCGUCUUAUAGAGCGAAAAAUACGGUACAUUGCUGUUCUCUAAAACUUGAUGAUUUAUCAUGCUGUAUUUUCAGAAAGAUAAAAUGCCUAUGUCACCUUAACUGUCAUAAUGACAUUUAAUGUUAAAUUAAUCUUUUAAUAAGAGAGAAAAUAAUUUUAUAGUUUUUUAAAAAGAAAACCACAUAGAAGCACUUAAAUGAAAGAGCAUUAUAGCACCAAUUCUUAAAAACCUUGCUUCCUUUCUGUUGCAGCCAUUUUAGCCCUGUAUUUUAUGUAUUUGGUGUCUUAAAAUGCUUCUUAACUUUAAAAUGUUUCCCAAGUCCUGAACAACACCAUUGAAUUUAAAUAGGUAAAUGUAUUAAAGCACAUGAAAUAACAGAUUUAAAAAAGGUUAUAAGACAAAGAAAAGUUGUUGCUCAUGUGAAUUGCACCUUUCUUGCCUAUACAACUAUAUCAUCCUCAUUAGUAUGGACAGAGCAUGGCAGGUUUUACACUUGCCAUGUAAAACCUGUGGUGUAGCAGUUAGAAUGUCAUGCUAGAACUUGGGAAACCAGGGUUCAAAACCCUACUCGGCCAUGAAGAUCACUAGGUGACCCUCGGCCAGUCGCAGUCUCUCAGCCUCACCUACCUCUCUGGGUUGUUGUGGGGAUUAAAGGAGGAGGGGGAGAACCAUGUAGGCCACCUUGAGCUCCUUAGAGAAAGAGGUGGGACAGAAAUGCAAUAAAUAAUAAAUAAUAGUGAUCAGGCAAUCUCAGGAAUUGCUUAUUUAAGUCCCAGAACAUACAGGGUGUAUAGUAUAUGUAGAUAUACGUAUGGUGUCAUGUCCUGGGGGAAAGUCCACAGUUCCUGAAUCCCCUUUGGAUCUUUCCCCAAACAUGAUUGCCUUUCUUACAAAGGCUUCCUUGAUCUCCAGUGGCAUUACAAACUAGUACAGGACAUUUCUACACCAUUCUUGGUGAAAACCACAUCUUAAGAGGACUAAGUAUCAGCUUCCUGACAUAUUUAUCAUCUUCUGGUGCUUACAGUGCUAUUGGUAUUUGCUUGUGUGGGUGCUUAAAUGAGUAGUAAGCAUGUGCUCCUUUCAUAUUAAAAGAACAACAAACCUAUUCCCCCCUUUUCUUUGUCACAAGGAUUCAGAUACUCCACCUUGCACAACUCCUAAUGUGUACCACUUCAAUCUCCAAGCACCAUCUCAGCUUACAGUUGGUUUACCACCAGCAUUGCCUGUGCCAAGUGGUAAAACUCAGUCUGUGCCUGCAAGAACAUUGAUUAUGACUACUAAUAAUCAGGUAUGGACUAUAUGAUGGAAGUUGUCCCAUUGGAUAGUGGUGAUGGUGGAGCAGAAAGUCAGUUGGCUUGCAAUACUAUUCUAAAAUGGAUUUUCUUGAAGCAUUUUGCUUAUAUCUUACUGUUUGAAUGCAGUUUGCAUCUCUUCCGGUCACACAUGUGGAAACAGCUGUAUGAGUCUGGCCUUGGUGAAUUGCUAGGAGACAAAACUUAGUAAAAGAAUUUGGUAAAUUUGCAAUUUAGCUGGCACUAAUUGUGACCACUUCCUCUUGUUUCCAGCAGCACAAUGGAAUGAAGCUGACGGUCAAAGCAGCUCACAAUCAUACUCAAGGCAGCGGAUACAGUUCUUCUGGUAAUGGAGCCAUGAGGCAGCCUGUUAGCAACCGAGGGCACCACCAACAUAACCGUAAUAUCUGGAGAAGAAAGAAAUACAGAGACAGUUUGCCUAUUAGCCUUAGCAGAUAAUGGCCAACCUCAGAGUGUCCACUUAAGACUUACGCAGUAUGUGUGACACUAGUCUGGACUUGAGAACAGCACUGGGCAUUUCAGUUUGUGGAUGUUGCCAAAUAUCUGCAUCCAACCUUGCAUGUUUCUUUGUGUGGUGGUGGAGUCCAUCUUAAAAGAAAUAAUUGUGCUUAUCUGUGAAGCCUUAUUAAAUGUGGAAGUUUGUCUUCUGCCUAUCCAUGAUUACUACAGUGCCGAAGCAGCUGUAGCAGAAGUACUGUGAGGACCAUAAAUGCGGUGGCACCUUCUGCUGUAGCUGCAUUUGUUCAUUAUAGCUUUUUUGUUUUGUCAGAAGAGUAUAGAUGGUUUGGACUUUCCUUUCCUUUGUAGCCAAUUUUUGUGACUUUGCUUGUUGCCUUCCCAUUUCUUGUUUAAACUUUUUGUUACCAUACUCAAAUCAAACAUAACUUUUGUGCAAUAACUCUGAAUGUUUUUCAUUUAAGUUAUAUUUAAGGAAUGAAGGGUGUACAGAAUGUAAUUUUAUUAUUUGCUUGCUUUACAGAUCCUUUCCCAGACUGCAUUUUUUAAGUUGGGGUUCACUACGUUAACUCUAGCUAAUGGGGAGGGCACAAUCUAGUGCUCUUGCACAGGUCAUACUUGUUUCAAUGUGGAUCACGCAAGAUAAUUUGGACCUUCAAUUGAUUCCUUAAAACUGGGCAGAGAUCAGCAUAAAGAAUUCCAGUCUUUUAGGGUAAAGGUGAAUAAGUCCCAGAUGUUCAUCUACAAAUGCUUUUAAUUAGUUUUAUUUACCCUCUGGUUGGCUCCAAGCAUUGUUGCUGAAUGAAAUAUCCAACUUAAAGAAUGUGGAGAAAGGAACAUAUAUUGAUUCCAUUAAGGAAUCUGAUUAGCAGCGUGCAUUAGUUCUGUUAAAAGCAACUACCUGCAAUGUACCUUUGGGCUUCUCUAUGCUUUUAAAGUAUCAGUCUGUUAACUUGUAAAAGAGCACAGUCCCGUGCGACACGAUCGUCUGUGGCAGUCACUUGAUUUAAAGAUGCAUACAGGGGUUCUAUGCAAGUGUGCAUUGCCAUGGCAACCUCUGUUAACCUUUUUUAAAGCAAGAAAACACAUCUUGUGUAGCCCUGGGUUUUUAAAAAAGCACUAUAUUCUCAUUGUCACUGGCUGCAUCUUUUCCUUGUUUUAAAGAUAAGAAGUCUUAAAUCUCAACAGCACUGUAUAAGUAGCUCUGCUUAGAGGAGGAGCUUAGAAAGAAUUCUGCUAUCUUGACAUCUGAAGGAUAUACAGAAGUGAAUGUUCUUAACUGAUAUUUGAAUGUUUGACACAGAAUGAUUUUUCUAAUAGUGAGCUUUAGUAUCUGUAGGCUUGCCUUGAAAGGUGGUGCAGCACAUAUUAAAGAAAACGUUGUCCGAAUUAAUGCAAGGCCUUUGGGUAGUGAGAGAAGAGAGCGCAACAUUCCAAAGUAGAGUAGCACAUUUUGUCUGCAGUUCAGAGUUUAACAAGAAAUAAAACUUUAAAUAUUAUUUACCUAUUAUUAAUGAAUAUUCAUAUUGGUAUUGGUUGUAGCUGCUGUUUUGAUACUCUCAUGGGCAUAAAAUGUAUAUGACUUACUGUACCAGCAUCUCUCGGGAAAGGUAUGUCACGUUUAUGAGUAUAAAACCUCUUCAUCAGGCAAAUGUGAUUAAGGCAGAGGCUUUGCAAAUGCACACUGGCAGUUGGGCAGCCUGCAGCCAGAAGUAAACAAUCAGUGUCUCUCCUAGUCGGUCAUAGGUUGUAAGAUACUAAGUUUUCUCAGAAUAAUUCUUGAACAUUGUUGCCAAGGUCUCCACAUACACAAAAGGUUUUUCUGUCUCACAAUGCCUCUCAGACCUCAUGAAAAGCUUCUCUUGGAACUUGAGGAGCUCUUCAGAGCAGCAUCUAAUGCAGUGCAAGGGGUUGCAGAAAGAAGGGAAGGUUGUUUGUGUGCCCCUUUUCUCAUGCAGAAUUGUAGGAUCCCAGUCCUGGUGUAUAUACUGCUCCAGAUGAAUGAUAAUUUUACAACUGAUGUAAACAGCAAUUGGAUUUUGAAUUGCCAAAAAUCUCAGUCCUGCUUUGAUAUUGGAUGUGUAUCUUUGCUUUGACUGUUUUUUAAACCUUGUGAAAGGUUUUUAAUAGAUGCUGGUACAAUAAGGGAUCUAAACUUGAAUAAACCAGUAUUCAAGGGCUGAUUAUAGACCUGUACUCACUUUUACAUGCUAGCAAUAUUGAAUAUGAACCUAUGUUAUGGAAACCUCUGUGUCCUAAACAGAGUCCAUUUAAAAGCAGAAUAGGCUUAAGAGAAGCAGAUAUCAUGUUCCAUUUCAGUCAUGGUGAACCAAUAAAUUGCACUGGCUACCACUCUGGUUAUAUUAUAUGCUGCUGUGGAUAGCUAAUUAAAGUAUCAUGUUCAGUUUCUUUUUGUGUGUAUAACAAUGUGGGAAGCUAAAAUACAUAUUUUUAUGUGAAGUUUUGUAUUCUUUGAUUUUUAAUAAAUUUUCAAAGCC